CUUACCUUAUUUUCCUUAUACACAUCAUCAUCCUGAAAGAUAUAUAUAAACGACAAGUUUGGGUUCUCCAUAUUCCCCUUCCUCACCUAACAAUUCUUCUUACAUAUCCCUUUGAACCAGGAACAUAUAUGACCUACUCCCCUCUUUCCAUCAAAAUUAGCUCUAUAUAAUUUAUUCUCAUCCUCCUUAAGCUUUUUAUUAAGUCCUAGAAAGUCUCCGUUAUAAUAAGGAUGGAGAGUAGUGUCAUGCAUCAUCAAGAUGCUAAUAAAAGCUUCUCUUUCAACUCCAAUUUUAAGUAUUCUUCCUCCUCGUUAGAACUUUUCACAGAUGAUGAUGAUGAAAAUGACGAUCUAAGCCACAACAAAGACAGCGACACAGAAGAAAAUUCUUUCAUAGAAAUAUCAUUCGAUCAACAAAAGAUUAAUCAAACGGAAGAUCAAUCAAACGGCGAUCGAGUGCUUCAUGAGGAUAAUGUUGACCACCUCCGAAUAUCGUUCUCGUCUAGUUUCCCUUCAUCAAUUCAGGAUCAUGGAAUUUAUAAUACUAUCAAUUGUGUGUCGCUUGACUCUACUCACAGAGAAUCAGCUGAAGCAACAGUUAAGUCCUUAUCGGCAUUUUCUUCAUCAAAAUCGUCUUUGUCUUCAAUAAGAUUAUCAUCCUCGACUUUUAGAUCUUCUUAUACUGGAACCUGUCUCCCUCAAGCUGUUGUGGGGUCCGAGUCCUUCAAUCCACUUGUUCACACCCUACUGUUCAGUCUCGAUGGCCCUCCGAACAUGGCAGACGAAAUUAACGGCCUUCAUGAUGAUCAAAAGGAGAAUAAUAGGCAGUUGGCAAUCAUCAAUGCCAACAACAGAAGGAGAGAAUCGAGCAUUACACAAGUAAAGAAUAAUAGUACAAAAAGCAGUACUAGUGGCAUCAUGAAGUUGUUGAUGAUCAAGUUUCGAGGUACCAAAGUUCGAAAGCUAUGGGCUUCAUUAUUUGCCAAAUCUCGUGGCCAUGAUCACCUUCACUUCUAUUCAAACAAAGCCAAUGCCAAUGAUAGGUCACACAAACCUAAGAGAUUAAUAAGAUCAUCCACAGAAGCACAAACAAUAGAGUGCUACCAUCAUGAAGCAAUGUACAUUAGUAACGACCUCGUAAGCGACAACAAAUACACUUCUCAUAAUCAAUACAAGUGUUCUAGAGCGAUGGAUGUAAACAUGGGUGCCCUGAAAGGGGUUUUAGGAGCUGUGAACAUGACAAGAAGUGGUCACAAUAACAGUCGAAGUAGCAAUCGAAAAACCAGCAGCUGUCCUAGCUCUUUAAAGUCCUCUCCAAUGCACGGGUUCCCAAGUAGUGAUGAUAACAGGAAGUUUUUCUCAGCUGAAAACUCAGUUCAGGCUGCCAUUGCUCACUGUAAGAGCUCACUUGGCCAGUCAUCAGAUUUUCACUUCUGAAUUACUUCUCUAGCUCAAUUUGUAUCCUCCCACAAUAGCAAGAGCUAGAUAUAUAUAUUUAUAUAUAUAUAAUAUAAACUAUAUUUAUCUAAUUUUCACGAUCAUGAUUUUAUUUAUUUGUACCGUUAAAUUUAUGUAUGUCUUUUAUAAACCACUACGUAUUCUACAA